UUAUUGUAAUCUUCCUAUCCAACGCCUGCCAAUCGUCCAGCUCAUCAAUCCGUGUACGCAAUGCCAAACCAAUUACAUCCCAGACAGAUCUCCUAUAUAUUCUUAUCGCCGAACAAACUUUCUCAUCAUCAAUUACAUUAUUCUCUUCAGUCCGAUAAAUCUCUCCAGAAUACCAAUUUCUUCACUUCAGAAUAAUCUUACUGCGAUAACAAUGGCGCCAAAGGCAACAGCAGACAAGAAGGUCGCCGAGAAGAAACCAGCAGAGGAGAAGAAGACUGUCCCCGCCGAGACAACUGCACCGGAAAAGAAGCCAUCCAAGGCCGGAAAAAAGGUCCCCAAGGACGCCGCCGCUGCCGGCGACAAGAAGAAGAAGAGGCCAAAGAAGAGCGUCGAGACCUACAAGAUCUACAUCUUUAAGGUCCUUAAGCAAGUUCAUCCGGACAUUGGGAUCUCCAGCAAGGCCAUGGGAAUCAUGAACAGCUUCAUCAACGACAUCUUCGAGAAGCUCGCUCAGGAAUCGUCCAGGCUUGCCCGCUACAAUAAGAAGCCGACCAUCACCUCCAGGGAGAUCCAGACGGCGGUGAGGCUUGUACUGCCUGGAGAAUUGGCGAAGCAUGCCGUUUCCGAGGGAACAAAGGCGGUGACUAAGUUUACAAGCAGCUGAAGAACUGUUGAGAUAUAUGGAUCUAGUUGAAAUACCUUUAAAAUUAGGGUUUACUAGCAUGAAGUGCUUUUUGAUGUUUAUGGAAUAUUUUGGGUGUUAAUUUGUUCCUCUUUCGAUUUGCUCCAGAUCUGAAAUCAAAUAUAAUUCCAUCUUUAUUCAACAUUUCAUUUCUGUGUGAUUUGAAUUUCCAAUUUUGAAAACCA